GCAUUUCAUCUCUUAAAAAAAAUGCCCGGCCGAACCAACUUUUAACCAGUCCUCCGAGUCCCAAGUAAGUCCUUUAUCCUAUCCUUUUUUCGCCCUUUUCUUCCACCAUGUCUAAGAACGAGGAUAGCCAGAAAGCUUCUGUUCAUUCUUACGGUUCUGGCACCCAGUCUCAUGCUUUUGGUUCCCAUUCUUCUUCCACCCGUUCUGAGUCAAGUGAGCGCCCGACUUCUCCUAAACUGGUGAAGUCGGUUAAUUCUUCCACUUCCGCCCCUUCUUCUUCUUCUACGGCCAAGAUGGUCACUGUAGCCCAGACCCGUGAGGAGGGCUACGUCUGGCUAGAUGAUUGGCAGCUUCAAGAGCUCCUCUCCUCUACAAAAAAACCAGUGGUGAAGUUCAACUUGAAGUUUCCCGUUCCCAAGGUCGAGCAGGCCGUGGUGACCUCAACUGGGAAACCUCAACCAAUUGGAGAGCAGCCAGCUCAGUCACAAGGCACUUCAAUCCCCCUCCACUCCGGGGUUGUCUUUGUUAAUUUGGAGACCCUGGAGUUCGAGGGGAUGCUUUCUAAGGCCGGUCAUGCCUCCGGGGCCGGUCAGGGCUCCAAACAACCGGAUGUGGCCAGUCAAGAGGAAUCUGCAGAGGAGGGGCUGCAAAAGAAAAGGCGAUGGACAAAAGGAGCCAGCAUUUUUGCCAGUCCUCCAAAGGCCGGCAAGGGCAAGGGCGAGCUCCUAGACAUGACCCUGAUGUCCCGGUCAAACGUCAAAUUAUUCGACGCCUUCUGCAUCGAUCGGAGCGAGGUCGGCCAGAUCGGGCAGGAAUGGACUACCCGGUUGGUCAAGUCUGAAACGGACGAGAAGCUCUGGAUGGAGGCCAUGAUGGUCGAAGCCCGGAAGGAGGUAGUUGCAGCCUGGCAGGCGGCGGAGAAGAUGGAGGAGAGAUUGGUGGAUCACGCCCAAACCUACCAGUGCCUGUUUGCCAAGCAUGAGGGCGUGCUAAAGGGUCCAAGGGCAGCGUCCCUGAUUUUUUAAUAGGGUACAUGAUAUGACCAAAAAAAUAAAUUUUAUUUUAAAUAUUUAUUGAAUGUAAAAUAUUUUUUAAUAGACAAUGUGAAAUUUUGUUACAUAAAUAAUUUGUUAUUUGCAAUAGAAUAUAUUUUGCUAAGUGCUAACAGAAUUAAACAAAGAAUUAAAAUUAACCUGAAUAG